AUGUGGACUAGCCACCCAUCCUUUCCCAGUGGAACAGGCACACUUUUGGUAAUAUAUUCCAUAAAAAGAAGAAUCUUAGCCAGAAUUGCAGGAAUCCAAAAAUCUCCUAAUUAUCAGUUCAACAGCUACUUGUUAAACCUAGAAAGCAACCUGACCAAUGAGCUAGAUUCCAUCCUCAAGAAUGAAGAGGAUUUUUGGAAACUUAAAUCUUGGAUUAACUGGCUAAAUGAAAGGGAUGCCAACAAUAGAUUCUUCCACACAUCCACUCUCAACAGGAGAAGAAGAAACAGGAUCCUCUCCCUCAAAGAAGAGAGUGGAAAUUGGCUCUAUGAUCAAGGGGACAUCAAAACAUCCAUUUUGUCCUUCUUCAAGAAUCUCUAUACCUCCUCACAGUCACAAGCUCCCAUAUCCACCACCAACUAUAUGGCUAUGACCCAUACCCUAUCCGACUCUCAAAGGAAUAAGCUAGAUAGGCCUCUUGAGAUCAAAGAAAUAAAAAUGGCCAUCUUCUCCUUCAAGCCCUUCAAGGCCCCUGGGCCUGAUGGCCUCCAUCCCUUCUUCUAUUAG